GUGGUGGUGUGCGCGCUGCGUGCAGGGUAAACACUCUCCAGUCCCCGCUCGGUGAGGGAGGGACACACACAGCUGUCACUGAGCCCGGACAAGUUCCAGUGGAGUUGUAGAGAGCACAGCCCGCUUCUCCUCCGCAGUCCCCGCACACUGAGCCGCUCCGGGGGAUGAGGAGGACGAUGAGUCAGUUACCUGUGCCCACACAGCGGCAGCGGGGACACAGCAGCUGUCACAGGGGGGACCCCAAGCUCCAGCACAACUUUCUGUAACGCCGCCGCCGCCGCAUCCUCCCCUCUGCAGGAAGUUUACUGGAGGCAACAACUUGUCAGCGCUUCCCAAUACUCUAUGAGAGACAUCAUUGCCCCGGAGAGAACAGUGACCGCCGCUGCCUCCAGCCUCCGCCGGGGAACAGGUGACCGAGCGCCCCGCGCGUUCGUUUUCUACACGGGGAGCAUCCUCCAAGGACGAAAGUGCAUCUCAAGGGGGAAGCGUACACAGGCUGCGGGGGAGGAGGAGAAGACCGAGCCCCAAACCUGUGGAUAGCAGCAGCCCGGGGGGAAGCCAUGGCCACGGCAGCUUCUAACCCCUACCUCCCCAGCAACAGCAUCCUGUCGCCUGGCUCCAUCGUUCACUCGGACUCGGGGGGAGGAGGGGGGAUGCAGCCCGGCAGCGCAGCUGUCACCUCGGUGUCAGGCGGCUACCGGGGGGAUCCCACGGUGAAGAUGGUGCAGAGCGACUUCAUGCAGGGGGCCAUGGCUGCCAGCAACGGCGGGCACAUGCUGAGCCACGCACACCAGUGGGUCACGGCGCUGCCACAUGCGGCGGCGGCGGCAGCAGCGGCGGCGGCAGCAGAGGCAGGUUCUCCGUGGUCGAGCAGCCCCGUAGGGAUGACCGGCAGCCCGCAGCACCCGCAGCAGCAGCAGGACGUGAAGGGGGGAGCUGGGAGGGACGAGCUGCAUCCGGGGGCCGCCCUGCAUCACCGACCGCCUCACCUAGGACCCCACCAAGGACACCCGGGAGGCUGGGGAGCCGCGGCCGCCUCACACAUCCAGUCCAUGACGGGAGGGGCGCAGCAGCAACAGCAGCAGCAGCAGCAGCAGGCGCUUCUCUACUCUCAGUCCGGGGCAUUCACUGUGAACGGGAUGCUGAGCCCUCCCCCGGGGAGCCAGAGCCUCGUGCACCCUGGCCUGGUCAGGGGGGACACACCGGAGCUGGGCGACCACCCUGGGCAUCACCAUCAUCACCACCACCAGCAGCAGCAGCACCACCAGCAGCAACAGCAGCAGCAGCACCACGGGGUCAACAGCCACGACCCCCACUCAGACGAGGACACCCCGACCUCGGAUGACCUAGAACAAUUUGCCAAACAGUUCAAGCAGCGCAGGAUAAAGCUGGGCUUCACCCAGGCGGACGUGGGCCUGGCCCUGGGCACCCUCUAUGGCAAUGUCUUCUCCCAGACCACCAUCUGCAGGUUUGAGGCGCUGCAGCUCAGCUUUAAGAACAUGUGCAAGCUAAAGCCCCUGCUCAACAAGUGGCUGGAGGAGGCCGAUUCCUCCACGGGCAGCCCCACCAGCAUCGACAAGAUCGCAGCUCAAGGCAGGAAGAGAAAGAAGAGGACCUCCAUAGAGGUGAGCGUCAAGGGCGCCCUGGAGAGCCACUUCCUCAAGUGCCCUAAGCCCUCUGCCCAGGAGAUCACUAACCUGGCGGACAGUCUACAGCUGGAGAAGGAGGUGGUCAGGGUCUGGUUCUGUAAUCGACGGCAGAAGGAGAAGAGGAUGACCCCACCAGGCAUCCAGCAACAGACGCCAGAUGAUGUCUACUCCCAGGUGGGCAAUGUGGGGGCUGACACACCGCCCCCUCACCACGGGAUGCAGACUAGUGUGCAAUGACUGGAGUGGGCACCCAGCAGCUGCCUGACCAGUGAUGCCACGGGAGGACCUUGCCACACACAGCCCCCCUCACCCAGACUGCUCUUUUUAUAUAAAUAGAUACAUAAUGAUAUAUAUAUAGACCUACCAUACAGAGAGAGGGGAACACUCACUGACACAGGGCGAAGACUAUGGCAUUGGGGCACAUGGGUGGACAUGUACAGUGCACCGAGAACUGCAGAUAUUUCUUUUUAAUAUAUAUUAUAUUUUUAAUAUUGUUUUUAUUUGCCUUACGAGUCCUUCCCAAUUUCACAGAAAAAAAAAAAAAGAACUGAAAAAAAAAAACGAAAACACUCCUGAUGCCACCUUUAUUUUAUGUCUAGGCUGUGCCCACAUCACAAUACCAGUGGCUGACUGUGUGGUUUACCCCGUGAAGAAUAAAUUAGGGCAAAUUACUAGACUGCUGCUUGGAACUUGCAGCAACUGUCCCACAUACCCCUGGCUAGAAGUCCUACAGAUGUCCUGCCAAUGUGUUAUCUUGCCCACUCAGCCAAUAAAUAUGCACAUGGCACCACAGUGACUGUAAGAAAUGCAUUGGAAAUACAAAUAAGCAGGGUACAAGAGCUGUUCUGCUUCCUGAACUUUCUGCCCAGUCGGCACCAGAGGGGAAUCAUUGUAGAAGAUGUCAAUAAGAAAUCCUAUUUUUCCUUCCUAAAGUUCUGACCACAAGCCUGAAAUGUUUUGUUCUUUUCUAUGACUCCCAGUAAAACUCUAAUAAUAUGGAUUUAAUAAUCGACCAAUCUGAUCCUCUGUCUGUGCACUUACCGUCACUACACCUCUUUAAGUCCGUUGCCAACCAUGAGGAUUAGAUACACUCCUGCAAUUUCCAAGCAGUGUCCUUUUUUUUUGUUAGGUUGUUGUAACAGACUGAUAAGAAAAAAAAGACAGCGCUAAAUAAUAAUAAUAAUAACAAUAAGAAUAAGAAUAUUAGAUCCCUGGCUGAUCUACAAGAAAAUGUGCUUUAUAUUUUCAUCAAAUGACUCCUUUUAAUAUUUUAUUCAGAAAACCUAUAAACUGCUGCAGAACGGUAAUUUAUUUUUCCCCCAGAUCUUGUAUUAUUACGUGUUUGUUUGUUUUUGUUUCCUUUUCUUUUGGUUUAUUUGUUUUCAGACGAGCACAAAUCACAAUUGAAAUACGGACAGGUGACAAUGGUCUCUUUUUUGAUGUGAUCAUUUGAUUGUAAUUUAAUUUUCGUAGUGGUUCAGUAAGAGAUGAUGGAGAAAAUAAAUUUGUUAGAAUGA